AUGAUCGCGAAGUUACUUCUCCUCACGUUCGUGGGGCUGUGUGCGGCGUUCCAAUACCCGUACGAGUAUGAGUUCCCGUACUCCCGCCCGUUCAACAAGACCGGCUUCGAGUUUGGCGCUUGGGAACCGAACCGGGAGUAUGUGUACAACGUGACGUCGAAGACCAUGACCGCCCUGCCGGACCUCGAGGACUACUGGACCGGUAUUGUGACGCACGGUUACCUUGUGGUUCGCCCGAAGGAUCACAACUACGUCGUCGCCUACAUUGACCGUCCGAUGUACGCCGCGUUCAACGAGUAUCUGCCCCGCGGAUACCGUACCGAACUGGCGCGCUUCAAUCUGAAAUGGCAGCCGAUGCCGUUCAGCUCGAAGCCCUUCGGAAUCUACUACAACAAGGGAGCCGUCAAGGGCUUCUAUGUGGAGAAGACUGUCCCCAACCACGAGGUUAACAUGAUGAAGGCUUGGGUUAGCCAGCUGCAGCUGGACACUCAGGGCGCGUAUGUGAUCAAGUCGGAGUUCAACCAGUUCCCGGAGAACAACACUCUCACCGGUGUCUUCAAGACCAUGGAACCGUCGGUGACCGGCGAAUGUGAAACCCUCUAUGACGUAAAUGCCGUCCCGGAAUUCCACUUCCAGUCCCACAAGGAAUGGGUUCCCCAGCCUCAGUGGCUCGAGGAAGACCAGCACGUGUUCCACGUCGUCAAGACCCGCAACUUCGACCAUUGCGAGCAGCGCAUGGGCUAUCAUUUCGGAUUCAGCGGCUUCAGCGACUUCAAGCCGAACACCAACCAGAUGGGCAACAUCAUGAGCAAGUCGGAGGUGUCGCAGAUGUACCUGACUGGAAACUGGUACAACUACACCAUCCAGUCGGUGUCCACUGUCAACAAGGUUGUCGUCAGCCCGUCCCUGGUCAACUCCCAGAAGGCCAUGGUCUACGCUCAGGUGAACAUGACCCUCAACGAAAUCACGCCCUACAACAAGUACCCAGAAGGCCCAGCUGACGAUCGUCAGGUGUUUGUCGAUCUGGUGUACAGCUACAACAUGGCUCACGACAAGCAGAACUUCGUUCGCCCGGCCAACGAGACCGACGAUUCCUCGUCUUCGUCUUCGUCCUCGGACUCUGACUCGUCUUCCAGCUCUUCGGAUUCCAGCUCCAGCUCGGAAGAGGAAGAAAACUUCAAGAUCAGCCCCGCCGAACAGUACAAGAAGCAGGCUAAGGACGUCGAGCGUCGCGGAAACCGUAACCGUCGUGAUCUGAACGCCUACAAGGAGAAGCAGUACUACGAGGCGUACAAGCGCGAUCAGUACCGCCUGCGUAAGCAGAAUGACACCUCCUCUGACUCGUCUAGCUCCGAUGAUUCGUCCAGCAGUUCGUCUAGCUCCUCCUCGGAUUCCGAUGAGCACGACUUCUACAGCAGCUCCGAGUCCGAUUCGGAUUCGCUGAGCAGCGAAGAAUUCUACCAACCCAUCCCGGAGAGCAUGAAGGAGGCUCCUCAGACUCCCUUCCUGCCGUUCUUCACCGGAUACAAGGGCUACAGCGUGCAGUACGCCCAUAACGUCGAUACGUCCCGCUAUGCCUACAAGCUGGCCUACGAGAUCGCCGACGAGAUGCAGGACUUCUCCCAGGUCCCGAAAUCGAACACCCUGAACAAGUUCACCAUCUUGGCUCGCGUUCUGCGCACCAUGCACUACCAGGACAUCUACGACGUCUGCCAGAAGCUGUUCGUUUCGCAGAAGGAGCGCGAGGAAGGCAGCAACCACAGCGCGUCGUUCGCCAAGAAGGUCGAUGCGUGGAACACCUUCCGUGACGCUCUGGCCCAGGCCGGAACCCCGCCUGCAUUCAAGGUGAUCAAGGAGCUCAUCGAAGAGAAGAAACUCCGUGGAGACGAAGCCGCCAGCGUCGUUGCCACCCUGCCCAAGACCAUCCGCUACCCGACCGAGACCCUCAUGCACGAGUACUUCCUGCUGGUGACUUCCAACGCUGUGCAGCACCAGGAGUACCUGAACACGACGGCUCUCAUUUCGUACUGUGACUUCCUGAACCGCGCACAGGUCAACAACCGUUCGGCCUACAACUACUACCCGGUGCACAGCUUCGGCCGUUUGUCCGACGCCGACUACAAGAUCGUUGCCCACAAGGUUGUGCCGUGGUUCUCGCACCAGCUGCGUGAGGCCGUCAAGGCCGGAGACAGCGUGAAGGUGCAGGUGUACAUCCGCUGCCUGGGCCACUUGGGCCACCCCGAAAUUUUGAACGUGUUUGAACCGUACCUGGAGGGCAAGAUCCCGGUGACCCACUUCCAGCGUUUGGCCUUCAUUGUCGCUUUCGAUCGUCUGGUCGAAAACUAUCCGCGUCUGGCUCGCUCCGUGCUGUUCAAGGUGUACCAGAACACCGGAGAUGCUCACGAAGUGCGUUGCGCUGCAGUGUACCUGUUGAUCCGCACCAAGCCCCCGGUAUACAUGCUCCAGCGUAUGGCUGAGCAGACCCACUACGACCCGAGCACGUAUGUCCGUGCCGCUGUCAAGACCGCUCUGGAGAGCGCCUCCGAGGCUGAUGAGUUCGAUGACGAUUACGAGUUCUCCCAGAAUGCCCAAGCCGCCAUCAAGCACCUGAACCCGCGUGACUUCAGCCUGCAGUACUCUGGUACCUAUCUGCGCGACUUUGCCUUCAAGGAGCUGGAGCUGUCGUACCGUAUGUACUUCUCGCAGAUCGCUGCCGACGACCACUACGUCCCGAGUGGCUUCUUCUUCCACCUGCGUAAGAACAUGGGUGGCUUGAAGCGCUUCUCGACCUUCUACUACCUGAUCUCGAGCAUGGAGACGUUCUUCGAUCUGCUCGACAAGCAGUACGAUUCCUACAACAAGCACGCCGAAUACAAGUCGAACGACUACUACUACAAGUACUACAAGCAGUACCCGGCCCUGUUCAAGGACUACUUCAGCCAGUACAGCAAGAACCACAAGUACCAGAACGACUACUACGAGCAGUUCGGAAACAAGAACCAGGAGGAGUUCCAGAAGUGGUCCACCACCCGCAUCGCCAAGCUGCUGAACAUCGACCCCGAGGAAGCUGAGGAGCUGGAGGGCCAGUUCAUGUUCCAGAUCUUCAAUGGUGAGCGUUUCUUCGCCUUCAACAACCAGACCAUCGAGCAGUUCCCCAGCCUGGUGAAGAAGUACUUCGAAGACUUCGAAGAUGGUUUCGCGUACAACGUUACCAAGUUCUACCAGCAGAAUGUUGUCACCAUGGCCUUCCCAUUGGCGACCGGUCUGCCGUUCACGUACAGCUUGAAGACGCCGACGCUUGUGAAAUUCGAGUUCGAAGCGACCGCCACUACGCACCCGAGCAUCUACAAGACCCCGACUGGAUACCCCGAGAAGGAGUACGACGAUUUCAUCCACAUGCCGCGUUGGUUCAACGGAUCCGCGGACGUGAACAUGGGCUACUCUCGCCUGGUUGACGCCAAGGUUGGUUUCAUCACGCCCUUCGACCACCAGCGCUAUGUUGCCGGUUACCAGAAGAAGCUGCAGGGAUACCUGCCCUUCAGCUUCGACUUUGGCUUUGACUUCGAAAACAAUGACUUCGAAGUGAACGUGCAGCCGCUUGAACCCAAGAAGGACGCACUGCUGUUCCACAUGAGCUCGUGGCCGUACACCGGUUACAAGGACAUCACUGACCUGCGCCCGAUGGCCGAGCAGCCGAGCGUGCACAUCCUGCACGAUCGCGAGCAGACCACCAAGUCUUUCGAGCAGUCUUUCGGCCACAGCAUGACCGGUGUCGCACUGCGCUUCCAGGCCAAGUACGACAAGGACUUUAUCGACUACGCCUACCUGAUGAAGCACAUCGAGCAGCAUGACUACUGGUCCGCCCUGGUCUAUCCGUUCGCCUCGGAGACCUACCACUACCAUCAGCUGAACCUGUACUACGACGCGCAGCGCACCAGCGUCAAGAACGUCAAGUUCGUUCUUCAGCACAAGCAGGCCGACUACGACCAGGACUUCCAGACCGCCGACGUGAAGCACCCGAAGGGUCGUCACGGAUUCUCCGGAUACUACAAUGAGUUCAACUACGCCCAGCCCUUCGUCUACUACGCUGGAAGCCAGCGUCGCCAGGAGCAGUUCAUGCGCAACGCUGGAGCCGGCAUCCGCAACAGUGACGUCAAUGUCUUUGACUUUGGUGUCGUGUUCGAGGGCCAGCAGCAGAAGGCCGAGUUUGUGUUCACCACUGCUUACGCCGACAGCCCGGUCGACGAGAAGGAACGCCUGCUGAUGUUCCUGUCCUUCAGCCCGUACGUUUCGUCGGGUGCCUUCUACGAGUUCAUCCCGUUCUCCGGCAAGCAAUUCCAGAUGUGCUUCUCGGCCACGAACGAGUACCCGAACUUGCCGAAACUGAACUUCCUGAACGCCCUCAACUUUGACAAGAUCGGAUCCAUGAACUGGGAACUGUCGUACGGAGAGAAGUGCCAGGGAGGAGCUCACGUCUCCAUGAAGGGUAAGCUGAUCCAGUCUGAGCCUUACCGUCACUUCCUGCGCAUCUCGGAGGUUGGUCAGAGCUGCAAACAGCAGAUGGAUCAGGGAUACUUCCAGCUGCCCGCCUGCCAGAACGCCACCCGCCAGGCCGGAUACUUCGACCAGUACUCGUUCAACUUUGAGUACAAGGAUGUCUCUAACUACGCCAAGAACUUGACCUACCAGUUCUUCGACUACGCGCGCUACUUCUCCUUCCCGUACUGGAGCGAGGAUUACUUCUACCAGGGCAAGCACAACCAGUUCCAGAUCGACUUCCAGCUGGCUCCGUACUUCGACUACUACAACGCUUCCUUCUACGGAUACGAUCGUAGCUUCGCCAUCCAGAACUACCCCAUCGAAAGCGAGUACGCCCGCUACUUCUUCUCCAUCCAUCCUGACUUCGAUUACUACGAGCGUAUGUUCAACUACGCUUACCGCGGAAACUACCAUCCGUCUUGCGUUGUGUCGAACAAGUUCGUCAACACCUUCGACGGUAGGACCUACGACUACGAGCUCGGCAACUGCUGGCAUGUUGUGCUGCACACCGUCAAGCCCGACUACUACUUCUAUGCACAGGACUCUCACUUCAUGAACUCCGACUACGAGUACAACUGGAAGAACGGCUUCGGCGAGGACGAGCAGAUCACCAUUUUGGCUCGCCACGGCGAAGACAACCAGCUCCACCUGAAGGCUAUCCUCGGACAGUACAAGCAGAACGACUACAACAUCGAUAUCGUUCCUCACGGACACGAGCUCCCGAUGGUCUACAUCAACGGCAAGCCCCAGCAGAUCCACGAGAAGUACGCCGUCGAGAUGUACACCAACGAUGAUGGUGGCGAUCAGCCGCUGAUCCGCGUGUAUGCUCUCCCUGGCAACGAGCUGGAGAUCAGCUUCCGCGACGACGACAUCAAGAUCGUGUUCGACGGAUACCGUGCGCGUUUCUUCGCUGACCAGUCGUACUUCAACAACUUCGUCGGUCUUUGCGGAACCAACAACGGCGAGGGAGAGGACGAUUUCAUCACCCCCGACCAGUGCGUCAUGCGCAAGCCCGAAUACUUUGCUGCCUCGUACGCCCUCACCGGCAUGAACUGCAGCGGACCCGCCCAGGCGUUCUACACCGAGUACCACCAGAAGGCUCAGGAGCACUGUGUUAAGCCCCAGUACUACUACGGCAACGUGAUCAGCGAGCAGGAAGCUGGACGUCAGCGUUACAGCUACUACUACAACGACUUUGAUCUGUCGGACUCGUCCUCCUCGGAAUCAUCGUCGUCGUCGGAAUCGGACGAAUCGGAUAGUUCCAACUCUUCGUCCUCGGAGGAGGAGCACCGUGAGCAUUUCUUCGAGAAGCAGCAGUACACCGAAAAGGAGUGCCCCGUCAAGCACCAGGCUCAGUACGUUGAACAGGGUGGCAAGAUUUGCUUCACCAGCCGUCCCCUCCCGACUUGCGCUUCUCAGUGCAAGGCUGAAGAAAAGGUUCCCAAGUACGUUGAUGUGCACUGCCGUGACGCUACCGACUCCGUGGCUCAGCUGUACAAGCAGCAGAUCCGCAAGGGCGUUAACCCGGACAUGAGCAACAAGUCGGUCACUAAGACCGUCAAGUUCUUCCUUCCCAAGAAGUGCGUGCACGUCUACUGA